UUAGCUUCGAAAGCUUCCUUCCGAAACGUAAAUAAAAACAGAUUAUUUCGUGUUUUAUUUCUCGAUUCUCAAAUCUAAAAGUAUAAACCAGUAUUGCAAAGUUACAAAGAUGUCAGCAGCAUUUAAAAUAGCUAAGAAAAAAUACACGCAGCAGGAUUUGCGGCGUAUUAUGAGUGAAACAAAAGCAGCCAAACAGCAGACUGAGACACCCGGCAAACGGAUUGAUUCCCCGUUAGCGAGAUAUAACGAAACAGGCCAGCUUACGUGUGCCUUGUGCCGGUCGGUGGUGCGCUCCGAGACUGUCUGGAAGGUGCACAUUAAUUCGAAGCAGCACAAGGAAAACAUCGAACAGGCCAAAAAACUCAAGGAACAGGCUGUAACCGCUAAGGUAUCUACUCAACAGCCACAAAAACAAACCGCACCCGAAUCAUUACCCGCUGCUGCCUUCAAAAGACCAGUUUCACCAGCCAAAAAUACUCCCUCCAGCGGUAGUAAGAAAUUGAAAGGAAUCCUUAAAAACUCGGAUCAGCCACAAAAACUUGCGGAUGGUGAUAGCCUUCCGGCGGAUUUCUUCGACUCUAGAACUACAAUAAAUAAGAAUUUAGUUAACAUUCGUUUACCGGUAGCGAAUGCACAUAAAGCAGAUGCAGAGGAGCAGGAAGCAGCUCCAAGCGAACCGCCUACGGAUGAGGAGAAGCUGCCGGAGGGUUUCUUCGAUGACCCCAAGGCGGACGCCAAGGCUCGGAAUAUCGAGUACAAGGACCCCAACGAUGAGGAAUGGGAACGAUUCCAGAAAGAAAUAAAAGAAGCCACUACGGAAUCGCUAGCUAUUAUCAGCGAGGAGCAAGAGGAAUCGACGGUGGAGCGGCAGAUCGGAGAAAUCGACGAACAAAUUCGGAACUGGUCACGGGUGUUGAGUUUGGAGAAAAAGAAGGAACAAGUACGAAGCAAAACGGUUUCGGCGCUGGAAGCGGGCCAGAAAAUGGUACAGGUCAAGAAGGAGAAGCAAGCGGACAGUGACGACGAAGGGGAUGAUGCAGAUUUCGACGAAUUUCCCGACUGGAGGGCGAAAAAAUCGUUCAAAUAGUGCAGAGUUGAAUCUGUAGAAGUAAGCUGUUAAUAAACCUAUUCCACGUUUCAGAAA